AUGUUCUCAAAAAGGGAGCUAGUCUGGAAGUAUUUUUCAUUUUCCUUUUUAUUCUUCAUAUACAAGGCUGUUGCAUGUGCUGAGGCUAAUGUGACCUUGAUAUCGCCAUUCGUUGGCCGUAUUUACGACUGGCAUCUGGCGCUAGCGAAAUCUCGCUCCGAGCCUGUACCCAAUUAUGACCAAGUCUCUGAUCCAGGCGUACGCCGAGUCACAGAAAUAUACAACUAUUACAAAAAAUUCAACUAUAAAACCCAAGUAAUGGGCGCCUCGUUCAGAAAUACAGACCAGAUACUUGGACUGUCUGGCUGUGAUCUGUUGACUAUUUCUCCGGGUCUUCUCGACCAAUUAUCUGGCCUCACGGAGAAACCUUCUGUGAUUUUGUCUCCGAAAAUGGGUAAAGCCGCCUUAUUAUUUAUAUUUUUGGCAUUUAUCUUAUGA